AUGUCUUUAAAUCACCACAUUAUGAAUGGAAUCAAUCAUCCCAACCCUGUAAAUAUGAUGAUAUUCGAGGAUGAAGAAUUGAAAAAGAAAAAAAUAAGACAAAUGCAAAAUCGACAAAGUGCAGCACAAUAUAGAGAAAGAAAGAAAGAGUAUUUGGAAAGAUUGGAAUCGAUCGUCGAUGGUUUGGAAACAGAUCGUAACCAAUUACUCAAACAAACAGAAGAGUUGACCACUCUGCAAACGGAAAACAACCAAAAGAUAUCGGUACUGGAAGAGCAAAUCGAACGUGCCAAACGAGAGAAUAUUGAGCUACGAAGCAAACUUGUUCAGAUCCAGGGUACUGGCAGUCCCAACAACAAUAAUGUGACAAUGAAGGAUUUUGUCGACGAGCCAAGCAUGAUGGCUGCAAGCAGCAGUAGUGAGCCGUCCACCCCAUCCCCUCCAUCAUUCCAUCAACAACAACAACAGCAACAGCAGCAGCAACAACAACUGCCAUCACUCAGUAGUAUAAAGAAUAGUUUCAAUCUUGAAGGUAGAUCCAUCUUGAAUGACAAGCCACAUGCUUCGUCAUCAUCAUCAACGUCGUCGCCAUCAUCGUCGUCGUCGGUCAAUGUCCUUACACAAGCCUCACAUUUCCAUCCACAUGCCAGUUUUGGGAACACCAGUAGUCAUAAUCAUGGUCAUAGUCAUGGCUCGACAUCAUCCACGUCGACCACUACAUCCUCACCUUCAUCGCAUCAUCACGUUGGUGGUCACCAUCACGGUCACCACGGUCACCACGGCCACCAACCCUCAUCACUGUCACUCUCACUCAACUCGCAGAGUGCAUCCAUGUCAUCACACCUAUACCCAGGCAACAGCCGUCACCAACACUCUAAAUCAACCGACAAUACACAUAACAACCCCAACUCUGGUAACAACAGUUUGGCCAACAGUCUCAAUAGCAGUGGUGGCGCCAAUGGAGGUGGUGGUAGUCUCAACAGCAGCUUCAACAGCAAUUCACUUAGCAACUCGUCUGAGAGAUGCUUGGACCGUUUUGGCCAAGUCCUCAACAUCAACUCACUCAAUAGCAGUGGUGAGCGCGAUCAUGACCAAACACAGCAGAUACACUACCCCGGCAGCGGCAGCACAUCCAAAAACCAACAACAAAAGCGACAGAGAGAAAUGGUCGAAGGCAGUACCAGCAUAAACCAACUUUCCAACUCGUUUACAAGCAACAAUAUCAAUAACAAUACCUCUUCUUCACCCAGCUUUUCGUCGUCGCUCACCAAGCUACCGUCACUUUCCUCAUCGGCCAUCUCAUCCUACAACACUCCACCCAUUGCCUCUCCCUUUUCUUCACUCCUCUACAUUGCAUCGCCCUCCUCUUCGCCAUUGGUCACUUCUUUAUCUUCGUCUCCAAGUAAUGAAUUAACAUUUUCAGGUGAAAGACAUCAUCGUAGAUAA